CAGAGCUACCACCUGUGGGGACAACCAGCCUGGAGCCAUGAAGACCAAGAACCGGCCCCCCAGGCGCCGGGUGCCAUCGCAGGACACAGAGGCCACUGCAGGGGAACGGUCCCCGGACAGGCCCCAGCAGGGGUCAGGGCCGGAGCUGGCCAAGGGUCUGCGGAGCAGGACGGCGCGGGCACAGGGGGCGCGGGCUGAGGCCGGGCGCCGGCGGCCGGGGCCCUCCGGAGCUGGUGGCCGGCGAGAGAGCAGCAUCCAGCGGCGGCUGGAGAGCAACGAGCGUGAGCGGCAGCGCAUGCACAAGCUGAACAACGCCUUCCAGGCACUGCGGGAGGUCAUCCCGCACGUGCGGGCCGACAAGAAGCUCUCCAAGAUCGAGACGCUCACUCUGGCCAAGAACUACAUCAAGUCACUGACCUCUACCAUCCUGACUAUGUCCAGUGGUCGCCUCCCGGGCCUGGAUGGGCCGGGCCCCAAGCUCUACCAGCACUAUCAGCAGCAGCAGGCAGCUGGGGGCACCCUGGGGGCCACGGAGCCCCAGCCCGAGGGCCACCUGCACAGGUACUCCACACAGAUCCACAGCUUCCGAGAGGGCUCCUAGCACCUGGCCUGGGGGGCAGUGGCCAGGCCCGCUCCCCCCAGCCCUGCUGCCUCCAUGCCAAGAGCCCCAGAUUGGUGGUGACAGCCCAUGUGGACGUGGCCCCAGUGGCUCCAUUUCCCUGAACACUCAGCUGCCUGUGUGGAGCACGUCCUGGCCUUCAGGGGACGAGACCAGUGAGCGGCCUGGUCUGGGCCAUGGCUCCGGGAAGCAUAAAGCCCAAACCUCCGCAGAGGUCCCAGGACCUGCUUUUUAAUUGACUAGGGCCACAGUGGACAGGCCUUUGUAACUAAAUUUUCUUCACUCCCAACUCCCUCCUGAGGCAUGGGGAGAUUCCAGGAAAAGGUCAGUUUUGGUAAGUUUCCCCAGUUCCUGCAGAGGCCCAGGCUCUGGAAGGGUCCUCCUCCAACCUCCAAUAUAGCCUCCUCAUUCGGGGUAAACUGAGGCACUGAGCAAGCAAAGCCCUCGGCCACAGAGUGUGGCUAAGCCAAGAUGACUGACUCGUGUAAUUCAGCGUGUGUCAGGUAGAAACCCCAAAACCCCUAGAAAUACUAAUCCGCUUACUUCAAAUUAAUUCUAAAGGGACCUUGGCAGGGAGAGCGGUUGGGACCUUGUCCUCGCUCCUGCUGGGUGGGGGCUCCUGACUGUGGAGGGGCACGCGGCCUGGCACUGUGGGGCUGGGGACAGGUCUGGGAGGGAGGCUGGGAGGCACUGCCUCCCCUGAGCAGCCCACCUCCGUGUCCCACUCAGGUUUGCUGCUUGCUAUCAUACUGGUCACUGCUGGGGUCAUGUCAGUGGCAGAGGGCGGUCUGACAGAAAUUCAGGGUGUUCUUGGGCCCUGCUUAGAGUUGGGGUUCCCUGCAGGGCUCUCUGUGGGAAGGAGCCUGGGGUGGCAGGAGCUCCCCUCCCCAGCCUGGUGCUGCUCCUUCAAGGCGGGCCUGGGCAGUUUGGCAGGUCCCUGGCCGCCUCAGGCCAAGCUUCCUUCUGUAGCGACAGGCUUGGCGACUUUGCUCUCAACACCCCCUGGCAUCUCUCCUCCCUCAUCCCUGUGCCCACAGUCAGUAUGGGGAGGGGACAGGACAAGCUUGGCAGCCUCAGGCAGGAACGGCAGUGACAGAGGCUGCGGCGAGGGUCAAGUUGGCCUGGCAUAUGAGGCCAGAGCUGUCCCCGAAGCCCCCGGGGACCAAGCCCCCCUCCUGGGUGGGGGCCAAGCAACAUGGAAGCAGGGCUGCCACAGGGCUGUCGCCCUCCCAGCCCCAGGGGUCCCGGCCCCAACUGCUUCAUCCCCUGCCAGGCCUGGCAUCAGUAUCAAGGACAGCACGCGGCAGCCCUCAGAGCAGCCAUUAGCCACGUUGGUCCUCACUUUCCGGGUCCAACGCUGGCUGGACCCUCCCCAGGCCCCAUGCUGGGCCCUUUGGAAGGCGGCCCCGGGAGGCGUGGUCUGGUCCUAGCCAUCCUUCAGCACGGUCAGGUGGGGGCCCCCCCAGGUGCUCCUGGCCUGCCCCUCGAGGCGGCCCCUUGGAAAGGUCGGUGUUCAGGACAUUCUGCUGAUGGGAGCCGAGGUUGAGGGCCGCUUGGAGCUCUGGACUGAUGGGGCUCACGCUCCCUGUGCGUGGCCCGGCCAGCUGGGAUGCAACACAAGGCCCACAGAGCUCAGUGUACCCCCCGAACUUGCUGAAGGAACCCACAAACUGAGCUGAAAGCAGCGGGAGGGGCACCCAGCAGAGGCUCUGUCCGGGAGACUGCCUGACGACCAGGGGUGGUGGGAGGGUCUGUGGGUCCCCACCUUGCAGGUGACAGCUUUCAGAGCUCCUUCUGUCCCAAACUGGCACCUGCAUCCACUUUGCUUUCCAGAGGGUGACCUGGGCCCAGAUGUCCGGUCCUUCUUCCCCCUCGUGGCCAGAGGGCGUCUGCAUACCCUGUGGCCAUAUCACAGAGGAUGCUUAAAGGUCCCAGUCGAGCUUUGGGGUGU